AUGUUGCCUGGAAAAGAGGGCAAAAUAUUGCCAGGAAAAGAAGGCAAAAUGCCAUCUGGAAAAUUAGGCAAGGUGUCGCCGGGAGGAGACGGCAAAAUGUUGCCUGGAAGAGACGGUAAAAUGUUGCCUGGAAAAGAGGGCAAAAUAUUGCCUGGAAAAGAAGGCAAAAUGCCAUCUGGAAAAUUAGGCAAGGUGUCGCCGGGAGGAGACGGCAAAAUGUUGCCUGGAAGAGACGGUAAAAUGUUGCCUGGAAAAGAGGGCAAAAUGUUGCCUGGAAGAGAAGGCAAAAUGCCGUCUGGAAAAUUAGGCAAUGUGUCGGCGGGAGUAGAAGACAAAAUGUUGUCUGGAAAAGAGGGCAAAAUCUCGUCUGGAAGAGAAGGCAAUGUGUCGGCGGGAGUAGAAGGCAAAAUGCCAUCUGGAAGAUGA